GACUGUAGAGAAUAUUCUUGAAGUCCGCCCUGAUUUAUGUAAGGCCCUUUCCGGCCAGGGACUAUUUGCUUGGCUACUCCGAAGAAUUCAGAAGCGAACUAUGAUCAGUUCUAGCAAUACUUCUGGUGGCAUCGAUACUUAUUUUGAUAGAAAUAAGCUAUAUGCGGCAGAGAUUUUACACCAUGCCUUGUAA